AUGAAAAGACCAAGCUCCAGGUCAGGCUCAUUUUCAUCCACUUCACCAGCUUCGAGUUCAGGCAGCAGCAACGCACGAAGUUCUCUCAAUGGAAUUAUUUCGGUUCAAAGAAUAAAAAAUACGGCCAAUGAAAAUCCAUACAUUGAUGAGGAUGAAGAUUUGAAAUAUCAUAAUUAUUCGGAACGAAAAUUAAAACAACCAAUUGGACAAACGAUUAUGGAAUUAUCAAAUUCCUCAACGAUGAAGAAUACUACCAGAAAGUCUCAGAAUGCUAGUUUGAACGGAUCCAGUAGUGCCAUUCCGCCAUCCAACGGACCACAGUCCGAAUCCAUCACUAAAUCAUCGUUUAAAACAAAAGAAGAAACAAUUUUAGAGGAAGAAUAUAUUCGUAAUUUACAAAAACAAAUUAAUUUACUUUCUACAGAGUUGGACUUGCAAAAGAAAGUGAAUCAGGAACGAGAACGAAAAAUGGCUGAAAAGACAGACGCGUUGGAAGAUCCCAUUCUAACCCUAAAGAAAAAAUUUGCAGAAAAGGAUGAGAUUAAUCAUCAUUAUAUUGAAAAGUUUCAACAGGAAAUUGCAGAUCGUGAAAAUACCAUUGUCAAGCUCAAAGAAAAAUACAAGAAAUGGAAAAACAAGAAUGUUCAAGAACGAGAAUCUGCAAAACAAGAGAUACGAAGCCUCCAUGAAAAGUACGUACCUGAAGUGAUCAAGUUAGAGAAGCAAGUGGACAUGCUUCAAUUACGUCUCAAGCAAGAACAAACAGAAAAUGAAAGAAAGAAUGAAGAUGCCAAACAAUUCCUGAAAGAGAUUGGAGAAAUUACCAAACAAGUAGAUUUCCUCAAAAUGCAAAAAGAUCAAACCGAAAAGCAAUUACAGCCUCUUAUGGACGAAUUGUCACAAGUGAAAAAAGAGCUUUUGAGCUACAAUACAGAUCGUGAUAAAGACAAGAAUGAGAUUGAAUCAUUGAAAGGUAGACUUUCAAAGUACGAAAAGGAGUGGGAAGAUGCUGUUCAUCAGCUCAAGAAAAAAGAGUUGGAGACAAAACAGCUAGAACUCGACAAGGAAUUGCUUUGUGCUGAAAGAGAUAAGGUGAAGGAGCAAGUUGUGACGCUAAAUAACAAGAAUAACGAGCUUGAUACACAAAUAACCAAACUUCAAACAAAACUCAACGAGACCCAAUGGGAUUUAACUCGAUUAAAGGUAAAUUAUGAAAGUGUGAUGAAGGAAAAAACAAGACAGGAGAAAGACAAUGAAAGAGCUCAAACCGAAUUUAGAGACAAUCAAAUCAAAUAUGAAGAGAUGAAGCGACAGUACAAAGAAUUGCAAAACAAACUUCAAAGCAAAGAAGAAGAGUUAAAAUCGUUCCUUCACACACAAUUCAAUGCGCUCAAGGUCAAGAAUGAAAACCUGGAAAACACCCUAAAAGAACUAUCAAGUCAAAACGAGGUGCUUCGAAAUGAGAACAGGAAGCUCGCUCAGGAAAACGAGAAAUUAUCCAAAGAUCACGAAAUGUGGAAUGCAGAGAAAGAGCAGUAUGAAAAGAACGACAUUCAACGAAGAAUAUUGGUGAAGAAGCUUAAAAACCAGCUCAAACUUUCAAUGGCUGUCACUGCCAUUGACAAGCAGCAACUAUCGACAAUUUUCAAAUCAAACGUGAACAUUGCAGAAUCAAUCAAGUCGCUAAUGGAUGUCAUCAAAGAAGGAAACGAAAUUAGUGAAGAAGAAAAACAGUUUAUGAAUCAAUCUCAACCCACAAAAGAACCAAGUGAAAGCACAAAGCGAUAA